CGCCCCCUCGCCCCGAUGCGGCAGGGCCAACCGGGAGCCCCAGACGCAGGCAGCGACCGAGCCGCCGCCGCUCCGCGCCCGCCCGCAGCAUCCCCGAUGGCCGCCCGCCUGACCUGCUGCCUCCUGCUGUGGGCCCUGGGCCAUGGGGGCUGCAGCUCGCCCGCGGGGGAGGGCGCCGGCAGCCCGCCCGCCUGCCCCGUCCAGCCGCCGGCCGCCCGCCACUCGGCCGCCCCCGGGCGCGACCCCCGCGGCGGCUCUUCGCCGCCCCCUGCGCUGGGCAGCAUCGCUCAGGACAUGGUAGCUGUCCACAUGCUUAAGCUCUACGAGAAGUACAACCGGGAAGGGAGCCGGCCCGGCGACGGCAACACGGUCCGCAGCUUCAAAGCCAGGCCGGAAUUCUUGGCCCAGAAGCCCUUGUACUGCUUCAAUCUGACAUCUAUGCAGGAUUCAGAGAUGAUCCUUGCUGCCAGUUUUCACUUCUAUGUUGAUAAACGCCCUCGGCACCGGGAAGUGUUUUGUAAGCGGUCAAAGAACUCAUCCUGCCGCCUCCUUCACCUGCCUCCGGCCCUCCGGCUCAACCUCAUUUUCCAAAGCAUCCACCAGAAUUCUGCCUAUGGACUAGUUAAAGGGAACAUCACUGUGCUUCUUCAAAGGCGAGGGGCUUGGCAUGUAACGGACAUUUCACACAUCGUAAAAGAAUCAAAAAGGGCUGGAGAGCUCAUUCUCUGUGCCGAGCUUGAUUCUGGGGAGAAACAUCAAGGCUUCCCUGAACAGGUCACCAGUCAUUUGCCUUAUAUACUAGUUUAUGCCAAUGAUCUUGCAAUCUCUGAACCUAACAGUGUGGCAGGCACCCUACAGCGUUAUGAUCCAUUUCCUUCCAAUGAUGGGGACCCAAAUCUGUCCCCUAAUGCUUCUACUGAUACUCGAGUGAGGAGGGAUACGUACCUCACUAGCUCAAUUCAGAACAAUGAGUUGCCAGAAGUACAUUAUAACAACAAUAAAUACAACAAGCAUGACAUAUGGGAGAACGCCUACAGAUCCUUGAAACCAAAAGCCUCACGCAAAGAUCGAAGGAGAAAAGGGCAAGAAAAUACAGAAACAUUUAAAAAGUCACAGGUGUUAAAUUUUGAUGAGAAAACAAUGAAGAAAGCAAGGCGAAAACAAUGGAAUGAGCCGAGGAUUUGUUCAAGAAGAUACAUGAAAGUUGACUUUGCUGAUAUUGGCUGGAAUGAAUGGAUCAUAUCUCCCAAAUCAUUUGAUGCCUACUACUGUGCAGGGGCAUGUGAAUUUCCAAUGCCCAAGAUUGUCCGGCCAUCAAAUCAUGCUACAAUUCAGAGCAUCGUAAAAGCAGUAGGAAUCAUUCCUGGCAUCCCAGAACCCUGCUGCGUUCCUGACAAAAUGAGCUCACUCAGUGUCCUGUUCUUAGAUGAGAACAAAAAUGUUGUUUUAAAGGUAUAUCCCAACAUGUCAGUUGAAACUUGUGCCUGCCGAUAAAGUUCAUACAAACACACCUUGAGUGAGACCCACACAUCCUGCCUGACUGUACUGGAAAGUUGUAAAUGAGAAAUGAAUCCACUUGUGUUGAUGAACAAAUGCAAGUCUACAAUUCCUCUACAGAAAGCGUGCGGAGGGACUAAAAUGAUACAUGUGCUCACCUGGAAGGAUAUGUCACACUGCCAUCAUUUGGCCUUCCUAUUUAUCUUCCAGGAACUCAGUACUUUUACAGAUAUCUUCCUAACCCACCUAGCCAAGAUACCUGGUGUUUAGUGAGAAAUUUAAGUGUAAAGUUUUCCAUAAUUAAAGGACUAAAAUAUGUUUCUAUAUGCUAUUUUCUGACUAUUUUAUCUCUUCAGUUAACCAAGAAGAUGGGAAGUGAACUUGGAGAGGCAGGCUUCUUUUAGAAUAUCACUUUUGUACAAAAAUCAAAACUUUUUGCCUAAAACACUCGUACUCUCUCUCUGCAUAUUUAUACUGAAAAGUGCUGUAAUAAAGGGCUUAAAAUGUAUAUUUUCUUCAGAAUGCAAGUAUAGUUCAUAAUUUUUUAUAUAAACCAUAUGUUAACAUAGCCAUUUUUGGUUAUCCUUCCCUAAUAUAUGAUUCGUUCUACAAAAGACAUGUAAUAUCCCACAUUUUUGUUUUGCUGGAGAAUUUCAGGUUGUUAAACAUAUUAUCUGAGUAACACAUACAAUAUAGUAAUAUGUUGAAAUACUAAAAAUAAAAUAACCAAGAUUUAUAUUUUUGUAAAUUAUACUUUAUAUCCUCUAGAUUGUUACAUGCUUUUAACAAAAGCUAAUAAAUUAAAGGUACAGUAGUAUCUAAAAAUAUUUGAAUUGUCUUUCUAUAAAUGUACUCUCUUGCAUUCUGUUAAUUAGAUGGAAACAUGUAAAUACAUGUUAAGCUUGUCAUAAUGCACUUCAAUAGAUUAAAGACAGAAGAAAAUACUAUGAUCAUCUAGACUGACCUCCUGCAUAGCACAGAUCAAAGAACUUUGCUCAGCAGUUUCUGCACCAUGCACUAUGGAACUUCUGUUUUGAGCUUGGGAAUAUCUUUGAAAAACAUGCAUAAAUUUGGCUUUAAAGGUUUCACGUGAUAGAAUAUCUCUACCGGACUACAAGUAGUUGUUCCAAAAGUUAGUGCUCUUUGUUCAUAUGUAGUGGCUUAAUCCUAGGCUGGAUUUGAUGAUCUUUAGCUUCAGUUCAAUGGAUCUUACUGUAACCUAUUAUAUUAGAUCCUUUUUAUCUAUUAUACAAAAUACUUUCACUGUGUAUUUUUAGUGUAGUGAGUAGGGUCAAAUUACAUUUUGGCUGAGAUUUAAAUAGAUUGGUUUCUUAUUCUAAGCCUCAAAACAAUUUCUCACAGUUCUCUUCUGAACUCUUUCCAGAACUUUCAUUAACUUUCUUUUCAAACAAUGAACAUCAAAAUGGAAAACAUUUGGCAGUGGUUCCUUUAGAAAUCUUUAUAGAAACAAAGUCUCUGUGUGCCUC